GCUGGAUUUCAUCUACUUAAGUCUGCGCCAGCGAGGGGAUAAGUGAGGUAGAGGCAGACACUCAUAUUCGAUACGAGAAGAAUCUCAAAGGAAGGAAGGAAGGAAGCGGUCUGUCAUCCUCUGAGGUAGCCCUCAAUGGUAAGGUGGUAAUGCUAGCAGUUUGGAUUUUAUGGGUUUCACCAAAUGGCCAGAUCACUUCAUAUGAAAAAGGAUGAAAUAGAUGGGAGAGCAAACUUCUCAAACUGGGCAGAUUAUUGAAAUCAGUGUAGAUGUCCCUACUGGAGAGAGGAGCACAGGUGGGAGUAAGUUUUGUGGGGAAGCACCUUGUGGAUUCUCUGAUGCUGGAUCCUACUCUAAGGAUGCUAAAGAACGAUCAACUUCGAUUCGCAAGCUUUUAAUUGCAGUAAUACUUUGUGUUGUCUUCAUGAGCGUUGAAGUAGCUGGUGGCAUCGAAGCCAAUAGUCUAGCAAUAUUGACUGAUGCAGCACAUUUGCUUUCAGAUGUUGCAUCUUUUGCAAUCUCCUUGUUCUCUUUAUGGGCUGCUGGCUGGGAAGCCACUCCCCGGCAGUCGUAUGGAUUUUUUAGGAUUGAGAUUCUUGGUGCUUUGGUUUCUAUCCAAAUGAUAUGGUUGCUUGCAGGGAUUUUGGUAUAUGAAGCCAUUCUUAGAAUUAUUAAUGACACAGGUGAGGUGAAUGGCUUGUUAAUGUUCAUUGUUGCUACAUUUGGCCUAGUGGUUAAUAUCAUUAUGGCUGUGUUAUUGGGCCAUGAUCAUGGCCAUGGACAUGAUGAACAUAAUCAUGGCCACAGCCACGGAAUGACAAUUUCUGCUCCUCAUCAUCAUCAUCAUGAGGAACACCCAGAAGAUGCACACCAUCAUGGUCAUGAAGAUCCUGCGCACCAUCAUGGUCAUGAAGAUCCUGCUCACCAUCAUGGUUAUGAAGAUCCUGCGCACCAUCAUGUUCAUGAAGAUCCUGCACACCAUCAUGGUCAUGAAGAUGAUGCAGACCAUCAUGGAAAUCCUGCUGAACCACUGCUGGAUAAACCAAAAAAUGGACAUGAACAGAAGAAGAGGAAUAUAAAUGUACAGGGAGCUUAUCUCCAUGUACUUGGGGACUCUAUCCAGAGUGUUGGGGUAAUGAUUGGAGGAGCAGUCAUAUGGUAUAAGCCUGAGUGGAAAAUAGUUGAUGUGAUUUGCACCCUAGUUUUUUCUGUAAUCGUUUUAGGGACCACCAUCAAAAUGAUCCGGAACAUACUUGAUGUCCUGAUGGAGAGCACACCAAGAGAGAUCGAUGCAACAAAGCUCGAAAAGGGGCUAUUAGAAAUGGAAGAAGUGGUGGCCAUUCAUGAGCUCCAUAUAUGGGCUAUCACAGUGGGGAAGGUCCUGUUGGCUUGCCAUGUCAAAAUCAUGCCAGAAGCAAAUGCAGACAUGGUGCUGGACAAUGUGAUAAAUUACAUCCGAAGGGAGUAUAACAUAAGUCAUGUAACCAUACAGAUAGAGCGUUAGUGUGCUCUUCACCGGGAAAAUGAUUAUAGGGUGGAAGUUUUACAUGUAUCUUUGUCUCCUCAUACGGCUGCAUGUAGGUCUUCCUAGCAGCAGGCGUUAGACUCUUCUUAUAUGUAAUUCUUCAGGUUUUGAGCACUCCCAACUGAUUUUUUAGCAGCA